ACACUCAUUCGAUCAUUUUUCUCCCCCGCAGACUCACAAUGGCGGCGCCCACCACCAGAUGGCCGCGCCUGCUGCUGCUGCUACCCCUCCUCCUCCUGCUCCUCCUUCAGGCGACAAGUGUCUGCGGUCAGCUGAGCCUCGGCGGUGCCAACUCCUUCCUUCCGGAGCACCUGGACGCCGCCGCCGCCGCCACCACUGGUAAAACUUUAGAGGUUACUCCGCUUGUUGACGCCUCAACCACUAACGCUGGCGCUGCCGCCGCCGCUGCUGCUGCUGCUGCUGCAGAGCCUGCCUCUGAUUCUGACUUACCAGGGGCGAGCCAAGCUGAUGAUUCUUUAACAGCCGCCACGACAGCCUCCCCCGAGGAGACGACUCUCCCUGACUUUGACGACUAUACCGCUGACGAGACAGAGACGACCACAGAACACUUAAGUUCUCCAGAAAAUCACAUCAGCCUAACAGAGGAAGCAGAUUCCCCUGACUCUUCAGCCCACAGUAAACCUAAUGCUGAGAAGCUGGCGACAGACGCUCCCAACCUUAUGCGGCGAAUAGUGUUCACGGGACCCGAGGCAACUGCCGCCGCGCCGCAGCCGGAAGACCAGUCCACCAGGCCGUCCUCGGUGGUCCGCGGCCUCGACAACCCAAGCACAGACUUCUGGCUACCCAACUGGCCGACACAGCUUUUGACAAGCACUGAAGAAGCAUCACGAAGGCCGACCGUCAGGUUCCCGUCCGCCUCGCCCACCGCCGUCCCCGACACUGAAGCAGCCCCCCCCGCCACGCCCACCCAGUCCUACACCGUCACAAAAGUUCCUGUCACUCAGUAUUACUUCGACCUGGCGUCUGCGUCUCCAUCAGACAUUCCAGGCCCCCUGUUUGACCACGAGGAUCUCGGAGUCUCUGUGUCGGCACUACCCUCUGCCCUUCCCGACUUGACGCAGCCUCUCGCAGCGGAGGAUUUAGCGUCCAGCAUAUCAGAAUUACAGUCCAGCGUCCUGGUGAGCCUCGACGGGCCGCCAGUGACGUCCACUCCAGCGUUACAUGACUCGGUGACCUCGGCAGUACUCGCAACUGACGGACCUCACUCCAUCAGCGCCUCCACCGCCACGCCCACGGUGCCGGCGCCUUCCUCCGCCCUGAACGAGGUGGUGGGCGAGCACAUUGUCGAUAACACACUUCCCGAAGAUGCCGAAAAUGAAGGUGACGUUGCUGUGAGGCAAACCACAGAGACUCCUGAAGUGUUGCCUCCUCCAAUAAGUACAAACCAGAGCGGUGUUGAAGAUUCUGAUCACUCUGAGAACAUCACCGUCAAUGACGACCCAAGUGGACUACAGUCACCCACGGACGCUAGUGACACACCCGAGCCCACAAGCACGCCCCAGCCCGACGCGCCGUCCCCUGCCGGGCCGGCGCCUCCAACUGACAGUGAGCCCGUUACCGCCACGAGCUCACCCACUCCUGGUACCGUAAAGCCGUCGUCUGUCCGUACCUCACAGGCCACAAAGACCUCUAGAAUCCCUUUGUGGCAGCUUUUGUCGCAGUCCUCACCCUCUAGACCUGCCAGUACCCUGCCUCCCAGCACCCCGCUGACCUCUUCCGUCACUGUAGCGCCCUCUCCUCCCGCUGCAGACUCAGUGACGCCUCUUGCCAAUGCUCUCCCUCACCCUCAAAGCACAUCGAUAGAGCCUCUCUCGGCACUAGACGACUCCCCCGCCCCCCCUCCCCCUACUCUCACACCCUCAUCACAAGACACUGUGUCCACUCCGGAGUCGCCACCACCAGACGACUCUGAUCCUUCCACUCCCCUAGACAGUAAUGAUCCGGAUCAGGUUCUAACUAAGACAUUGAGGAGUGAACUUGAAGAUGUCAAUUUUAAAAGCCCUGAACUCAACAUCACGGAUUCAGAUUCAGCCAAGCCUCCAUUUGUCGAGGGUUCCGAGCCAGAGUUUCCAGAGUUACCGAGUUUCAAUAAUCAAACAAAUUCUUCCCUUUCUCUUAACCCUAACACCGUAGUGAGUAAUGCCAAUAUAGAUGUACAUAACGCACUUGAUGACACUCACACUAACAUCUUUUCAGGGGAUAACACACCACCAGAGAAUAAUACACAACAUGAAAAUGCAAUACCCGAUGACACAAAAGUGGUUGAGAAUGACCCUCUAAUGAGCUCUGUCGAGGAAGAGCGUGACGUGGCGGCGGUCAGUUCCGCCGGGGUUCUUGUAUCACCUCCCCCCACCACCGCUAGUGCCACGUGGACCCCUGUGGUAGACGUGUCAGAAGGUCACACUGAGAGCACAUCUGUUCCUGCCUCCAGCUCUGUGCUAACCUCCACCACUCUCGUGUCCCCGUCACCUCCCGAGAUUCUCACUGGCUUCACGCCCAUCAUAAGCUCCACCCAAACCUCUCCCACACCCAGUAGUGCAGCACCAGGAGAUAGCCACACUAGCCUUUCCUCCUCUACCGCUACCACUCUCGACAGCACCACCACCGCCAGUGCACCAGCUCAAGACCUAAGCACCCUCUCCGCACCCACACCCACUCUUAGCUCUGCACUUGACCUCCCUGCUGUACAGAAAACCGACAGUGAGUCACCUGGUAAUAAUACUUCUGUAGCUAAGACUAUAGAUUUAAGUGUGAAGACUAUAGAUGAAAGUUUACCUUCUCAUGAUGAUCUCGCAACUCCACACAUGCCAGAAACAGGGGACGCUUCUAUAGCAUCAUGGGCGCCGAGUGUAACGGAUUUGUUAUUAGAGACGUCUGCUCCACCUGAUUUAAUUGUUCCUGAGUUAGAGUCCACAGUCCUGGGCAGCCUUCCGGAGCCUACCAUUCUGGCCACGGAAAGUCCCUCAAGUGUAGCCUCCCCAGAGAUCCUCCCAAGCCCUUCUCAAACGUCUGUACCGGCUCAGACAUUGCACGUCACGCACACUAACCUAUCGUCUGUCAACCUUGUCGCCAUCAGCCUCCCUCAGCCCUCCUCCUCUCCUGUCCUGCCGGAGUUACAAGUGACCUCCUCUCCCCCCGUGCCCCAUGAUGCUCCGAAGUCCCUGGCCUCUGUUUUUUAUCAAGCUGUUCCCGAGUCCACAGCCUUCCCCAUUACCCCUGACGUUCAGAUGUCUUCUUCAGCUGUCCCUGUCCCUCUUGACCAUACUGUUUCAUCCGCCCUUCCUGACGCCCCAUUGUCCUCAAGUGUCCCUUCCCUUCCCGAAGUCCCUGUCUCCUCUGUUACAUUUGACGCCCCUCAAUCUUCACCUGUGCCACUCCCAGCUGAUGCCCCCAUGUCAUCAGCUGUUCCUGCUAUUCCCGAAGCCCCCGUGUCCUCAGUGCUUCCCGACAACCCCGAGUUCUCAGUCACUGUCGAUGCCCAAGUGUCUUCAGCUGUCCCUGUCCCCACUGCCGUCCCCGAGUCUUCCGUAGCACCGGUGUCCUCCUCGGCUGUCCCCAUCCUUCCUCCUGAUGUCCCUGUCUCCUCAGCCUCUGUAGCCAUCCUCCCAACCCCGUCUAUUCAUCCCCCCGCUUCCGACUCACCCACUUUGGUUGCUCCGACAGCCACAGACGACCCAAGCCCCACUCUGUUACCAGAACCAGUCCAACCUGAAGAGGGCGCAGAAGAGGGAACACAGCAGGAGGUGCCAGAGAAAGAAUCAGCUCUUGAAAUAGUGACGGAGGUCCCACCACCACCACCACUACCACCGACGACGCCUGUUCCCGAUACCACCACUCCUGACACCACCACCACUACCACCACCACUACAACCACAACCACCACCACAACAGAGGCUGCCACCACGACCACGACCACGCAUGAAGAGGAACCAACAACAGCCCCGUCAGACAACACCACAGCCUCCACCUCUCCGCUGCCUGACACAUCUAUCAACGAGACGACCUCCGCGCCCGGUGAGGCGCCGACCCUCACCACCACCGUAGUACUGGAGAACGGCACCGCGGUGGUGGUGGCGCUGCCCUACAUCCGCGCGCUGGUGGACUACAACGCGCGUGAAUUCUGCGCGCACAAGCAAGACUUCCGCUCCAUGUUCGCCGAGUGGAUCACCAGAGACCUCAACGGCAGCGUCAGGCAUGUGGCGGCCAGCGACAUAAGGUUCUUCAGCAUGGCCGACUGUCCCGAGGCGCCGCUACCCCGGGACGACCUCGCAACUACUGAGAUGAAGGAUGGCAAUAAGUCGCAGGGGGAGAAUCACACCCACGUGUAUUUCUACGUCACCAGCGGGGACGAGGCGGACCCCAACCUGACAGAGAAGUUCCCGCUCUUCCCCACCGACCUCUUGAUCAGCGACAGGCUCACCUACUUGUUGCCGAGGGUGAUGCAGCUGGAGGUGGUGCGUCCUGACGACUCCACCAACCAGGACCAGCUGCAGGAGGCCGCCGUGGGUACGUCCGUCAUCGUCAUCAUCGUCAUCUGCAGCAUCGUCGGGGUCACCAUAAUAUUCCUACUUUUCUUCUUUGUGGUGGUCAAGAAACGCGGCGCUUCCAACAACUAUUACGGUCGCCGCUGCACUCCAGUCAGCAUGGACGCCUACAGCAUGGACAGCGUCUCCGUGUACCACUCCUUCAGGCGGAAGAGCAAAAGACGCGCAUCGGGCAGAUCGAUGAAGUCCUACCUCAACCAGGCCUUCGACGAUCCGAACGGCCCGUCGCGUCCCCUCAACUUCGCCAAGCUGACGCACUUCAUCUCGGACAUCGACGGCGUCCACGAGGAGUUCGCGACCAUCCCCGUCAACAUGCCCAAGUACGACGAGCUGCCGCCGGGAGUGGAAGACAAGAACAGGUACGCCAACGUGAUCCCGGUGCCCGAGACCCGCGUGCUGCUCAAGGUUACCAAGGAUGGACGCAACUGCGAGUACAUCAACGCCAACUUCGUGCGCGGCGCCAGAAACGAGUCCAAGUACUACAUCGCCACGCAGGCGCCUCUUGAUGACACUGUGGCAGACUUCUGGCGGAUGAUCUGGGAGCAGGAGACGCGCGUGGUGGUCAUGCUGACGGACUUCGUAGAGAAAGGCAUCGACAAGUGUGCGGACUACCUGCCGCCCUCGGAGACCCUGGACUGCCACCGGCUGUACGGGGACUUCCAGGUGACCCUCAAGUCCCGUGACAUGAGGGAGAAGUUCGUGGUGUCCAACGUGCAGCUCAAGAACCUGGAGAACAACCUGGUGCGGGAGGUGGCGCACAUGUGGUUCACGGGCUGGCCGGCCUCGGGGGUGCCCAACGAGGAGGCUGCCUUCAUCUCUUACAUCCUGGAAGUGAGGAGAACACGCAAGAAGCUGAGGGCGAAGGGUCCCAUCGUCGUCCACUGCAGCCCCGGGACUGGCCGCACGGGGACUUUCCUGGCCAGCGACAUGGUCAUGAAGCAGUUUGAGGAACACCGCACCAUAGACGUGCCCAGGACAGUGUACACGAUCAGGAGGGACAGAGCGGGGGCCGUGCAGACCAAGGAACAGUACGCCUUCAUCUACAGGGUGAUCAACUUGUACGCCUCGAAGCUCACCUCCGGGAACCUCGAGUCGCUGUAGUGGUUCCUCGGCCACCGCCUGAUAUUCGAACGCCAAUUUUGUGUCCAAUGAGUUGCACUUGAACCGUCGCGUCGUGGCGCGAGGCAGCGGGAGCAGCAGCACAGCCGAGCACGUGCCUUGAAUGACUGAAGUGCAAUACACGCUGAGCCUGAGCCAGGGCCGUGUUGAUACACUUUGCAUUUAUAACGGAAUAUUUUAAAUGACUAUAAAUAAAUGUAUAUAUAUUCAUAGCAUAUCAUCCUAUUAUUUUUAAUGACUGUGUUAGCUAUAUGAGAAUAUUUAUGCAUGGAAAUGUUCAAAACGACAGUUAUUCGUGUACAAAGAGAUGAUCCCGUUGUGGCCUGUCUGACAGACGCCGCGUAAGCUAUGCAACACCUCACGCACCUAACAGUUACCGUGUACUAAGCCUCCCGUCUACUUAAAUUAAGAUAUUAUUUAAUCAUUAAUCAUUCGGGGAUAUGCACGGAAUGUGUGUGUGUGUGUGUGUGUGUGUGUGUGUGUGUGUGUGUGUGUGUGUGUGUGUGUGUGUGUGUGUGCGUGUGUCUGUGUGUGUGUGUGUGUGUGUGAUAUCGUCAGCCCAUUUGCAUUUUCGAGACCAUCGCGCCCCUUCCCCGGCCGUGCCUCACCUGUAGCCCCUCGCUCACCAUCCCCAAGGCGGCGGCUGCCCUCGUCUGCCCCGGGCCGCUACGCCUUUCCCCACACGGCUCAUCCCAACGUUACUCUCAAAGCGCCGAUGCGGCCACUUUGAGGAAGGUGAAGUAGCGUGCGAGAGUUAGUUGUGGGAGGCGUGAUAUUAUAAAACAAAGGGCCAGCAGCUUCACAGUUCAAUACAGCCAGUUCGUAAGCUCCCCAACCAAACACAAACUACUACGAAAAUCCCUUGUAUAGUGCAUGACAUUUAUAUAAAAAGGAGGACACUUUAGGGAACUACACAGGAAUGCGCUUUAGUAUCUGGUAUUGAGUAGGAAAAAAAAACCGAUCAUUGUGGAGGAUAUAGUUUGGUAUGAGCGCUUGUGUUGGACUGUCGAGCUGGCCCUUUAAAGUGAAUAAGUGGGCUGGAGCGCCUGCUUCUAUACUGAACAACGGCGGAGCGCGAGCCACAUCGGGAGGCGAGUGCUGGCGCGUUAGGCAUUUAGCUAUCUUCAUUCCUCACCGCCUUUACGUUCAGUCAUAUGUUGCCAUUGUUUUACUUGUUAGCUUAGUAUUACACACACACACACACACACACACACACACACACAUUAUGUAACAUCCUCCGCUGGCUAUAUAGGCCCGUAUUUUUAAACGCAUCGGCCCCUCAGUUCGCCUGUUUGAAAAGCCUCUCGUCGUGGAAGUUGCUGCAUGGGGGCUUGUCAUGGACUGUUUUGUAAUCCUCAUGGUAGCUUUACCCGACUUCUACGUCUUGAACGGAGAGUCACCACCCAUGAAAAUCCGGUUAAUCUUCUCUGUGGCCUUGGAAAAUAGUCGUAAAGUGGGAGCCCGAUGCGUUUAAUUAACCCGGUAGCUGCGGGAAUCAUGUUUCUUAAAGGCCCCUCUAAGCGAAUUAAUGAGAAAAAAUCAUCACCCACGCAAUCCAUUUCAUAAUAUAUAUCAACGAAUUUGUCAUCAGUUUAUGCAUCAUCUCUUUUUUUGGGGGUUAUAUCAUGGCACAAAUUUGGCCCCCGUCGCUGGUACACGGUAAAGCCACAAAUUUGGCCCCCGUCGCUGGUACACGGUAAAGCCACAAAUUUGGCCCCCGUCGCUGGUACAUGGUAAAGCCACAAAUUUGGCCCCCGUCGCUGGUACAUGGUAAAGCCACAAAUUUGGCCCCCGUCGCUGGUACAUGGUAAAGCCACAAAUUUGGCCCCCGUCGCUGGUACAUGGUAAAGCCACAAAUUUGGCCCCCGUCGCUGGUACACGGUAAAGCCACAAAUUUGGCCCCCGUCGCUGGUACACGGUAAAGCCACAAAUUUGGCCCCCGUCGCUGCUACCGGGCUAAGAAUAUGGACCUAUAGAAUAAAAUCGUCAAAGACAUUCCAGAUACGUUAGUUUCUGUCUUAACCCAGUCCCUCCCUCCUUUCCUUCCCCUUCCUCCGCUGUGCCCCUUAUCGGUGUUGGAUCCUUUUACACUCCUAUUUUAAUCACAUCCCGAUAACGUGCGGUCACAUCAGGACGCUUCCCUCCCCAUCAAAACCCUACGGACAUGUUUCUCUCGUGUAUCGUACGCUGUCGGUCAUUAGAGCCUCGUGCUUCCCCUAAGAAUGAAGGAACUGUGAUAAUUAGGCGUGGAUUGUAUAUAGUUGGGCGCAUAGAUACAUAUAUUUUAAUCUCCUAUGUAAGUUAAGCCGGAGUCCUGUUGCUGCUGUUGAGGUGUUGAGUUGUCCCCUCCGGCAGCCUCGACCCCGGCCCCGACGCCCGUCACAAAGCAUUUCAUCGUGUGGUUUUGUAUAAUAGGAUGUACUAAGUGAAAUGUGCCUCGAUAAAAUAAAGUACUCACCGCUCA